CAACUCUUCCACGUACGUUGACCACCUGUACAAGUAGAAACGUUCGUUCUCCAGCUCGUGUUUGCAAGCGCUCGCUUCAAAUCCAACACCAUUUCGUGGCGUGUGGCUUGGCUUCCCAUCCAUGAAGUCCAACCAAGACGACGGCGGCGGCGCCAUGAAGAAGAACCCGCCGAGCAUCGAGAUCGUCCAGCACCGGGUCGGCGGCGGCCUAGGCAGCGGCGGCGGCGGCUCGAUAUCCUUCUCCGAGCCGUGGCGGGAGAUGACGCCGGGGAGCGGCAGCGGCCACGGCAGCUCGGGCAGGAGCGGCGGCUGGGAGCCGCCCGAGAAGCGCCUCACGCUGUUCGCGCUCCGCCUCGCCGUCCUCGAGAAGGCGGCCAGCGGGCUCGGGAAGCUCGACUUCGCGUGGGCCACUGUCGUGCUGCUCGGCGGCUUCGCCAGCGACCUCGACACCACCGACUUCUGGUACAUAACCGUCAUCCUCGUCAGCGAGGCCGCGCGCGUCUUCAGCCGCAGCCACGAGCUGGAGUGGCAGCACCACGCCACCCUCACCUCCACGGCGGGCAACGCGUUGCGCUCCAGCUCCCGCUUCUUCCGCCGCAUCGCGCACGCCAUCGCCGAGCCCCAGACGGCCGCGGCGUUCGGGGUCGGCGACACGCGCGCCAGGGCGGCGCUCUUCCAGCGGCAGAUCGUGGCCCUCAUGAAGCAGCGCACCUGGCACGCGCCCGACGUGCCGCUGCUCCCCUACACCGGCUGGGUCUUCGUCUCCAAGAAGAUAGGCAGGCUGCUCAACUGGCUGCAGGUGCUCUCGGCGUUCGCCUGCGUCGCGCUCUCGGUCAUGCGGCUCCGGAAGCACGAGUUCGGUGACGCCAAGAACAUGCGGCCGGCGCUGCUGCUCUUCUACGCGCUGGCGCUGCUCGAGGCGUCCCUCUUCUUGCUGGAGAAGGCGUACUGGACGUGGAAGAUGUCCGUCUGCAAGCUGCUCGACCAAGUGAGCGCCGAGUGCGAGCUCGGCCCCUACGGCCUCGUCUCCCUCAAGCGCUUCUUCUACGACGCCUACUCGCAGUGCAUCGAAGGCAGCAUCUUCGACGGCAUCAAGAUGGACCUCGUCACCUUCGCCGAGGAGCUCAUCCUCUCCGACUUCCUCGACGAGCAGCUCAUCGGCAUCCGCAUCCUGCAGCAGCUGGCCACCGGCAAGGGCUCCGCGCGCGACACGCUGCGCAAGCUCGGCACCAACCCGCGCUCCAUCGAGCGGGCCGUCGAGAUGCUCAACUGGAAGCGCCACGACGAGGAGGAGGUGCGCAAGUGCGCGGCCGAGGUCGUGUCCAAGCUCGCCGGCAAGCGCCAGAACGCGCUCCGCGUGUCUGGCAUCCCGGGCGCCAUCGAGUCCGUCAUGUCCCUGCUCUACACCGGCCGCGGCCCACUGGCGUCCGUGGACCACCCGUUGGGGGCCGUCGCCGCGGCCGCCGUGCCAGACCGUCUCUACGACUACCUGCAGUUCAACCUUCUGGGCCUGCACAUACUGAAGAAGCUCGCGAGGGAUCACGACAACUGCGGCAAGAUCGGCAACGCGCGUGGCCUGCUGGCCAAGAUUGUGGAGUUCACGCACGUCUCGCCGGCCCUGCUCCUCAACCCGAGCGCUUCCGACUCCCAGGUGCGCUCCGUGAAGCGCGCGCUCCAGGUGAUCAAGAUGCUCGUGUACACGACGGGGGCGACGGGCAAGGCGCUGCGGCGGGACGUCGCCGAGAACGUGUUCACGGUGAGCAACCUCCGGGGGGUGCUGCGGCACGGCCACCAGCACAUGGACCUGCAAAAGCUGGCCAUGGACGUCCUCACCGGGAUGGCCAUGGACGAUAGGGCCAAGGAGACGAUCGUGGGCACCGGUGGCGUGGUCAAGCUGCUCAUGUCCAUAUUCUUCAAUGCCAGCGAGUGCGAGCUCGGGAACGAGGCCGGCGAGGCGCUGGCGAUGCUUGCCUUGGAGAGUGAGGCGAGCUGCUCCGCCAUCCUCAAGAGGGCCGACGUGCUCGAUCAGCUGGCGUCCGCGUUGGACGGCCACGACCCUCGAUGCCUCAACGCCAUGAGGGUGCUGCGCAACCUCUGCGCUUACUCGGGAGAGGAGCAUCGGACGCGCCUCAGCACGGUGACCAAGGCCAUGCCCACGGUGCUGGGAGCCACCAUGACAGGACGAGACAAGAUCCUGGAAGUGUCCGUCGGGCUGACCACGCAGAUCUGCAGGUUCGUCGACAUCGAGCAGUUCACCGCCGAGCUGCGCCGGGCCGGCCUGGACGAGCGCGCCUACGUGGAGCGGCUGCUCGCCAUCCUGCGGCAAUACAGGUACCCGGAGAUCAAGGUGCCACGGAUGCGGCGGUUCCUGGUGCAGCAGCUUGUCUGGCUCAUGACGAGCUCACCUCGACGCCGCGGCGGCGGCGGCUUUGUGGGGUUGCUCCGGGAGCUCGGGAUGGAGCGGCUGCUCGAGGCCGUCGCCGAGACGACGUCGGAGGUGGAGUGCUACCACGUCUUUUCUGGCAGCGUCCCGAUCGGCAAGCACCGCGAGAGCUUCUCUGCCAUCGUGGACACCGCGCUCCAGCUGCUCGCCGACGGGGACGGAGACGGUGCCGGAGGAGGAGAAAGCGACAACUGAAUCUAACGAAAGACUGCGAUGACGCUCUGAAUGAACCACGGAAUGCGAUUAGUUAAGGGAGUUGAGCAUUCUCUUCCUAGUAUUGCGAGACACAAAACUGUUUUUUGUAUUGCAUAGGGAAUUGUUGGUCACUAUCUAGUCAAUGCGAUUAGAGAGUUCAGUGUGUAUAGUUCCAAAAAACAGGAUGGUGUGUAUAAGACGUAUAUACUCCUUCAACACUUCCAGACGGAA